AUGUCAGACUACGGUGGCGAUGAGGGCGGCUAUGGCAACGACGAGCCCGAUGACACGUUUUAUGAGCCCGAAGAACCUGAAGACUUUGCCCCUGAUGGGGAAAUUGAUGAAGGAGCCAUCGAGGCGCGAGCCGACGCAGCAGAAGAGGGAGAGGAGAAAACAGUAGUUUCUGGCGAUCCUAUGCAAGCUCAGAAACCCUCGAGCGACGCCGACAAGAAAAUUCCCCAAGACAAGCGGACGACGACGCCAUACAUGACGAAAUACGAGCGGGCGAGAGUUUUAGGGACACGCGCUUUGCAGAUUAGCAUGAACGCUCCUGUAUUAGUCGAUCUCGAAGGCGAAACUGAUCCAUUGCAAAUCGCAAUCAAGGAACUGAACCAAAAGAAGAUACCCCUUAUUGUCCGCCGAUACCUGCCAGAUGGAUGGUAUGAGGACUGGACAUGUGAAGAACUACUAUGA